AUACACACAGAAGGCAGUACAUGCUAAAAAUGGGUUGUUUUAGAAGCGCUGUGCUGACGUGUUGAAUAUCAGAUCGAUUAUCAUCAGGAGCAUCUCAGUGACGCUGGUUUAUUUUCUGAGAAAAUGUUUGCCAAAGCGUUUCGUGUCAAAUCCAACACUGUAAUCAAAGGAUCAGACAGGAGAAAGCUCAAAGCUGACAUAGCUGCAGCCUUUCCUUCGCUGUCUGCCGAUGAACUGUCUGACCUGGUCCCCAACAAAGAGGAAAUAAAUGUUGUGAAGAUUUAUGCGCACAAGGGAGAAGCUGUAACAGUUUAUGUUCUUCACAAAAAUCCUCUGUUCUUUGAACUGGAGAAACGACUUUAUCCCACAGUGUAUGUGCUUUGGCGUUACCCUAAUCUCGUACCAACAUUCAGGACAUGGCCACCUGUGCUUCAGAAGUUGAUUGGAGGGGCAGAUCUCAUGCUGCCAGGUGUGGUGGUGCCUUCGUCUGGUCUCCCAGGUGUGAAACGGGGAGACUGCUGUGCUGUUACAAUAGUGAAUAAUAGAGCUCCUGUUGCGCUUGGCACAGCUGCAGUGUCCAGUGAAGAGAUGCACAGUUUGGGUAUGAAAGGCAGAGGACUGUGUGUUCUCCACACAUACAUGGAUUAUCUCUGGGCAUUUGGAGAUAAGUCAGGUCCUCCUUCUUUAUCGGAUACCGAAAGUGAAGAACACGAGGUAGAUGGAGAGGAUUCUGAGGUCAGUGAGAAAGAGGACGACGGGGUUGAAAAGGUAUUACAGGACCAAGAGAGCUUGGGUGAAUCUGCCACAGAUCAAGCCUGUUCUGGUGUUAAGGAGCUGAACUUAGCUGAGAAAGAGGAAGAGAAAGAUGAAAAGGGCAGUGAGCAAGAGGACGAGAACCAGGAUGACCAGAAAACCCCACAAGAGAUAAUGGACGCCCUGCUGUUGCAAUGCUUCUUGCAUGCUCUUAAGAGCAAGGUGAAGAAGUCAGAGCUCCCUCUGCUGACAAGUACAUUUCUCCGCAACCACAUGUUCUCCUGCUGCCCAAGUGGAACACAACUUGAUAUCAAGAAAUCCAGCUAUAAAAAGCUUUCCAAGUUUCUACAUGCCAUGCAGCAGCAGCAUCAUCUUGUGCGAGUGAAAGAACUCACCAAGGGUGUGGAGAGCAUUGUGGAGGUGGACUGGAAAAAUCCAGAACUGCGUUCCUUCAGCAUUCCUGAGGAGACAGAUGUUGAAGCAGCUGUGGUGCAGGAUGGAGGGGAAGGAGAAAUAGUGUACCAUCCUCCGGAGAUCACAACUCUAUACUCCGUGCCUGCUCGGCUGGAGCCUCUCUUUCUGGAUGCAAACAAGAGGAAAGGAACAACGCUGCACGCUGCUGAAGUGAGAAGUAUCAUCACAGAAUAUGUGAAGAAAAAUGAACUGGUGGAUGAAAAUAAUAAGAAUUAUGUGACCAUAAAUCCUGCUCUAUGUGAUUGCUUACUGGAGAAAUCCGAGUACCAGGAAGUAGAGUCUCUCAAGUGGGACGACCUCUUCAGCAGGACAUUGGGAAGAAUGCAGGAGUGUUUUCAAGUUGUGUUCCCCGGACAAGCAUCUAUAAUAAAGAAGGGCCAUAUUGAGCCUAUAGACAUCUCUGUGGCUUCUCGAGGCUCCAAUAAGAAGGUUACUAUGAUAAAGAAUCUGGAAGUGUAUGGUUUGGAUCCUGCGGUCGUAGCCGCUGCUUUGCAGCACAGAGUUCAGGCCAGCUCUGUCUUGCAACCAAUCCCAGGAGCCAAGGACAAAGUACUGGUCCAGAUCCAAGGCAAUCAGAUUCAUCAAGUCGGCAAUCUGCUUCUCGAUCAUUAUCAAAUUCCUCGGAAGUACAUCCAGGGACUAGACAAAGCUUCAAAAAGUGGCAAGAAGAAGUAACAUCUGCUAAACCAGCUGUUCAUUGUCUUUAAAGUUGUUCUAAUGUGAGCAAACAGAACAGCAAUAACACUGUUGGUCAUUCAUUUAAUAAAAGUGCUUAAUAACCUCACCACACACUUUACAAAGAAA